AGGAACAUUAAUCAGCUAUUUGAUAUAGGAGAUGUUUGCCAUUUGGGUACUCCUGAUAUACCUACACUUUGCAAGGAGCUGUCCGUCUGAGUGCGAGUGUGAGACUGAUUUCGACUACGAAGAUGGGGUCUUGGUUAAUUGCGAGAACCUCGGUUUGGACACUAUCCCUUUUGAUAUGCCAUCCCAUGUGUCUACUCUGUACCUAAGUUACAAUCGACUGCGGAGUAUGGAGGGUCUGCAGUAUUAUAACAACCUCAGAGCUUUAGAAUUACAGCAGAACGAAAUAUCUGAAAUCGACGCGACCGUCCUGCAAAGUUUACCUUAUCUCAAAAUAUUAGUACUCAGUGAAAACGAGAUAGAGCGGCUACCAGCGCGCUUGUUCCGCGGACUUCAGCAUUUAGAAUGGGUGGAUCUAAGAAGUAAUAAAAUUGGCUAUAUAUCCGACCAAGCGUUCUACAAAGCUAACAACAUCAAUUAUCUAAACCUGGUGGACAACGAGCUGACUGGCUUCUCUGAUGGAACAUUCUUACCCCUUACCAAUCACAAUCUUUGGCUGGUUUUAAACAACAAUUCAUUGACCGAGCUGCCAAGCGACAUCGCCAAAAUGGAAGGAAUCCAAUAUUUGUCGAUAUCGAACAACAAGCUGAAGUACAUCUCCCCUCAAUCCCUCCUCAGUAACCGGAACCUGAGAACACUGGACAUAUCCAACAACAAGAUAUCUUAUCUCCACCAAGGGACCUUUUCUGGAAUAUCUCUACAUAAACUUGAAGUAUCAGGUAACCCGUGGCAAUGUGACUGCUACCUGGAGUGGUUGAGACAGUACCUUCUAACUAAACAAGUUGAUCACACCCUCACCUGCUCUGCUCCUUCAGAACUGAGGGGUAUCAAGAUCACUGCCAUCCCUCAACCUCUUGUUUGUGUUGUGCCAGUAAUAGCUGCUCCAGAGCCGGAGAUUAAAGUAAUAGAACACAAAAACAUUUCAAUCGAGUGUUUAGUCACUGGAGAUCCCACUCCAACCGUCAGCUGGUUCAAGGACGGAGAUCCUCUGGAGCCACAAGCUAACAGAUACACAGAAAUAGUGGGUACACAUCACAAACUCGUGUUCAGGAGUGUAAUGUACACUGACGAGGGGAUCUACACUUGCACUGCUGAUAACAACAGAGAUAAGCCUUCUAACUCCACCAUCCAGCUCUCUGUUCUCUAUGCUCCGAAGAUAGUGAACAGUUACAAGUGGUCUCCAGCCGGCAGUAAUGACGCAUCAGACACACUAAAUGACGUCACUCUAGCGUGUGAUGUAGUUUCAAACCCACCUCUCAGCAGACCUAUCCUCUGGUUUAAAGAAAACAGAGAGUUGUACGGAGCUGAAGAAGGGAUAAAGAUAUCCCAAACAGGGACAGGAAGUAUCCUCUACCUGAGGAACAGUCCCAACUCUGAUAACAGCGGAGACUUCCAGUGUGUGGCUAGUAAUCCCCUCGGACAAACCGUCGAGCACUUCACUGUCACUCACAACGAUAUCCUGAUGGUGAGGAGCUCAGCGCCAGGUCCGAAGAGGACGGCAGGAACUUACCAUCACCAUAUCACGCCGAUACUUCUAGUUCUACUAGGCAUUCUCAUGACUUGAGGGAAAUUCCACCCUCCUUAUUUAUACCUCUUGUCAUGAUCUGAAAGUCAAAAAUAAACCAUCAACAUUCGUUGAGCGAAUGUGGAAUACGCUUGAGAAAAACGUGAUCGUCGCUAGUUUUGAACUAGGUGCAAGUGAAAAGCGCGAAGACGGUUCAAUUUAGUCGUAGGACAGUUAUAUUUAAAAGACAAUGUUGUAGGAUCUGAUUGUAGGGCCCCGUUUGGGCCCUGAUGCGCUGACUGCUAAACUUCUCUUAUUUAUUUUAUCAUGUGAACGAUUUAUGGCGAGUCUUACGAUCCUCUGUAGAUUGAUAUUUUCUUAUUUAUGGAUGUAUUUAUUUUUCUGAUGAUACGUUUCACCAGGUUGCAGUUGAAUACUGCUGUUAUUUUACUGUUUUAUAAUGCAGUCAAUCAACACAAUUAAUUAUACACUUUCAUCAGCUUAUUAUAGGAGAGGAGCAUUGACACGCAACACAAGGUUCAAAAAUAAACAAUAAAAUAGUAUGCCAAGAUAAAUUAAACUGUUCUAUUGUUGGUUUAAAUUAUUUUGACUGAGCUAUGAAACGUUUUAUUUCUAUUUUGAAUUUUCUAGUAUAUUGUGUAUUAGAUUUUUAAACGUGUAUUUGAAGAGAUUUGCUAAAGUAUAUAAAAAAGUAUACUAUCUAUGCUAUCCAGAUUAUGCUUAACGUAUGUAUUAAUUUGACGGAUUUAUUUAAAGAUUUAAGUUUAAGGAUGGAAGUUGAGCACUAAAUAUUCUUAUACUUAUAAACAAUUCUUAAGUCUCACUUAUACCUUAGAUUAAUAAUAAUAUUUAUCUGCGCAACCCCGCAUUGGUAGUUCACUAUUAUGUCGAAUUGAAUGUAAGUGUCAAGUGGGUGGGUCGACCCUUAGUUUUUCCUAACUGAUCUGUUCUUAUAAAAAGUUUUCAAAACUCAAUCUUUACAAAAUGUGGUUUGUAUCUUUCAAAAUUUAGGUUUAUAGUACCGUUCGCAAUCUGUAAAAACGAAAAAUUUGUAUCGAAGUUUGGUCCUUUUCGUUUUAGAACUGGACGAUGUUUUCAAAACGUUUAUCACAUGACUUGCUCCUCUGUUUUCAAGAAAGAGUCGCCUGAUAAUUUGACCGUACGUUUAUUGUAAUAGCUUGUGAUGUGUAUAUAAUUUGUUUUGAUUUUCAGAAAAUAUUCUGUUCUUCCUUUUUUUUCCAUUUAUAUUUAAUGCAACAACUCCAAAGUUCAUUUUAGACCUUAGAUUGACGUUGAACCGGGAUUUAUGUGCAAUACUACGUCCCUUGUCCUUCUUAUCCUAACUCUCCAUUUUUAGAUUUAUUUACCUCGAUUUUUUACGACUUACUCCGUAUCAUGUACAGUCGCCCUGGAUCUAAUAUAAUAACAUGGCAAACUUUUGGAAUAAUUUAAGACACGAAUUAAUAAAGAACACUAAAUAAAAUGAGAUCUAC